GCGGGCGUGGCUGCCCGUGCCGGGCGGUGUGCGAGCUCCGGGCUGGAACGCCUCAGCCUGUCGGCUGCUGCCCGCAGGCGUGAGGAGGGGAAAGCUGGCCGGCGCCGCCGCCGCCGCGCGCCCCGUCGGGAGCAGGGCUCCAGGGGAGGGGAGCCCAGCGGAGGCGCGUCGGGCUGGGUCCCCGAGAAGCGCUUCGGGUGACCCCCCUCGAGACCGCGCACGGACAGAGGACUCCGGGGACGCUCUGUCGUGCUUUAGGGGACGUGGCGAAAAAGUUUGUUGUGAUCUUAUGCCUUCAUUUAUCCGGCACGGUCCAACAAUUCCAAGACGAACUGAUAUCUGUCUUCCAGAUUCAAGCUCAAAUGCCUUUGCAGCUUCUGGAGAUGGAAUAGUUUCAAGAAACCAUAGUUUCCUUAGAACUCCAAUUCAGAGAACACCUCAUGAAAUAAUGAGAAGAGAAAGCAACAGAUUAUCUGCACCAUCUUACCUUGCCAGGAGUCUAGCAGAUGUCCCUAGGGAAUAUGGCUCUUCUCAGUCAUUUUUAACAGAAUUUAAUUUUGCUGUUGAAAAUGGAGACUCUGGUUCCCGAUAUUAUUAUUCAGAUAAUUAUUUUGAUGGUCAGAGGAGGCGCCCACUUGGAGAUCGAACACACGAAGACCGUAGAUACUAUGCAUACAACCAUGAUCUCUUCCAAAGGGAGCCACUGAACCAGGGCAGGCGUGCUUCAGGUAUUGGGAGAGUUGCUGCUACAUCUUUAGGAAAUUUAACUAACCAUGGUUCUGAAGAUUUACCCCUUCCCCCUGGCUGGUCUGUGGACUGGACAAUGAGAGGGAGGAAAUAUUAUAUAGACCACAACACAAAUACAACUCAUUGGAGCCAUCCUCUGGAGCGAGAAGGACUUCCUCCAGGAUGGGAGCGAGUUGAGUCAUCAGAGUUUGGAACCUAUUAUGUAGAUCACACAAAUAAGAAGGCUCAAUAUAGGCAUCCCUGUGCUCCGAGUGUGCCUCGGUAUGAUCAACCUCCUCCUGUCACAUACCAGCCACAGCAAACUGAAAGAAAUCAGUCCCUUUUGGUGCCUGCAAAUCCUUAUCAUACUGCAGAAAUUCCUGACUGGCUUCAGGUGUAUGCUCGAGCCCCUGUGAAAUAUGACCACAUUCUGAAGUGGGAACUCUUCCAGCUGGCUGACCUGGAUACAUACCAGGGAAUGCUAAAGUUGCUUUUCAUGAAAGAACUGGAACAGAUUGUUAAAAUGUAUGAAGCCUACAGACAGGCUCUUCUCACCGAGUUGGAAAAUCGCAAGCAGAGACAGCAGUGGUAUGCCCAGCAACAUGGCAAGAAUUUUUAAGUUAAUUUUUUAAAACAAAUUUUAAGUUUUAUAAGGGCUUUAAAAUAUUUUCACAGAUAAAAAACUUCAAACAAGAACUUUGGUUAAUAAAGGCAGCUUACUUUUUGGAAAUUAUAAAGUUCUAAUUUUACAUGUAUUUUGUUAUUAAAAAUAUUCUUUUAUUGAGAAAAAAAUGAGUUUAUCAUUUUAAGAGCCAGCAUGGCAGACACUUCUAAAUGCUGUAUAUUUGGAAACUGCUUUGAAUAUUCUCAGUGGAGACAAAUGCAGUAAGAAAUGUCAUUUAACCAGAUAUUAAAUAGGAAAUGAUCAGUUGGUAAACUCUCAAAGUAGCAGCCUUUCUUUAAAAAACAGAGAAAGAGAGAACCUAUGCAUUAUUUUAAAAAAUACGUUUACUGCUUUAGUGUGGAAUAUUGUCUGGAAUUGGAUGGUUUAAACAUUACCAUUGUUUAGUGCAAAACAUAAAAUGGGAUUUGGGGCCUUUAUUGUGAUAAAUUUUUAUAUGUGAUGUAUGGAGUUUCCCCUCCCCUCACCCCCCAAAUGUAAAGAACCCUUUUAAAACGUGUUGAGAAAGUAUUUUUUGGUAUGAAAGGGUGAAAGGCCUAUAAUGUUUCAGGAAUAAAUUUAGGUGUAAGGCCUUAGCCUGUGUGGGAAAGGUGUGCACAGCACUCGAGUUGCUAACAUGACAGAACUCCCUUCCUUUGGGCCAGGGUUCUCACCGCGUCUAGUAACAUGGUGCUGAUGAGACAGUGGAGGCUUCCCAACAGCAUAGCACGUUGCCAUCCUAGCAGACUGGGUUGAGCUGCCAAAAAUGACAAUCAGGGAUUCAUUAAGAAAUCUUGGUCAUUAAAUUGAUUUUACAUAUCCUUUAUCUUCUAAGAGUUUGUCACAAAACUUUAAAACCCAGUAUUUCCCUCCCAAUUUUUUUUUCCUUUUGGUUUAAUAGUUAUUAAGACAUUGUUCAUAAUUAGCACAGUACAUUUGAUUGCGGGCAAAUUUAUGGCAUGUCUAGCCUAGAAUUCUGUGAAUUUCAACACUUGUUGCAAUAGCUUUUCAGUUAUAUUUACACGUGUUGUAAAUAUGUAAAUAAAUUUUUAGUUUAGGUAAUCUUCCAAAAUAUAAAGCACUCCCAGUUAGAUAUCAGUGAAUCUGAUUUAUUGAUAAAAUGUUGAAAAUGUUAAAUGUUUGAUUUUAUAUAACAAGCUUAUUAAAUAUAUUUUUGUGGAAACUAAAUGUGUUGUGUUGUGAGUCCAUGUUUUAUGCAUAGUGCUUAUAAAUAUUCAAUUUUUCCAUCCAGAGGCCCAUAGGCAAAGGAAGCAGUAUAAUGAAAGGGGUAUUCCAAAAUGAAAAUAGGCUAGUGGAAUGUUAUCAGUGGGAAAAGUUAUUUUGCAAGGGCAUGUGAUCAAACUUUCCUAAGACGUGAACAUAUAUAUCUUAUCAACUCUCACACACUCUUCUAUCUUAAUCAUUCUUUAUUCCUUACUUAAUAUUACCAUUUCAUUGAAUUUAAAGCUUAGCCAUUUCUAA